CCUUAUAAACAGUUUCAUCUCAAACCCUAGGGUUUUCGUUCACUGCGAAAUCAGCACGGACUCGCAUUCUUAGUCUUAGCCGCAGAUCUCUGAGGGUUUGCAUCUUCUCCUGGUAAGUUUUGAAGAUGUAUACAUCAAGGAAGAAAAUCCACAAGGAUAAGGAUGCCGAGCCAACUGAGUUUGAAGAGUCAGUUGGGCAGGCACUGUUUGAUUUGGAAAACACCAACCAGGAGCUUAAAAGUGAUCUUAAGGAUCUAUACAUUAAUUCAGCCAUCCAAAUUGAUGUUUCUGGGAACCGCAAGGCUGUUGUCAUUCAUGUUCCAUACAGAUUAAGGAAAGGUUUCCGCAAGAUUCAUGUUAGGCUUGUUAGGGAGCUCGAGAAGAAGUUUAGUGGGAAGGAUGUUAUCUUGGUUGCCACCCGAAGGAUAUUGAGGCCACCAAAGAAGGGUUCUGCUGUUCAGCGACCACGCAGCCGAACUCUUACUGCUGUUCAUGAAGCAAUGCUGGAGGAUGUUGUAUUGCCUGCUGAGAUUGUUGGGAAGCGUGUGAGGUAUAGAAUUGAUGGAUCGAAGAUCAUGAAGGUUUUCUUGGACCCAAAGGAGAGAAACAACACUGAGUACAAGUUGGAGACAUUUGCUGCAGUGUACAGGAAGCUUUCGGGCAAAGAUGUUGUGUUUGAUUAUCCUGUCUCAGAGGCUUAGUUUUAUUAAUUGCAUAUGGAGUAUGCUUGUUAAAAUUUUGGUUACAAUUUGACUUUCGUUUUGGGAUUUUUCAAAGUACUAUUUGUGGUUUCAUCGAUGUAGUUUUGAGCUUUAUUAUAAUUAUAAAUCUGAAGUUCAUUUGA